AUGCGUUUACUUCCAAUUGUCAUGACCAUUGGUUCGGCACUCGGUGCAAUCCUCAUAGACUUUCAGUCUCAGCGAGGAGAUGAUCCAUCCACCCUAGGCCUGCGGAACCUCGAAACCACACGAGGAACAAUGAUCCAGGAUAAUAUUCCAGACUUGUUCAUUAAGAAAGGAAACGACCCAAAUGGCGUUCCCGCGGCCCAUUUCCACAAAAAGAUGGGAAUGCUCCGCGCUGAGUAUCACUCGCUCAACAAAGAAACGAAGAAAAAUAAGACCUAUGCCAUUCGCUAUGAAUUUUCCCUGGGGGAAGUUCAGCAGAGCCUCAGCAUUUGGCAAUUUAAGGAAUAUCUCACGGAUAACGCCGAAGAUGGUGGGGCUAACGUCCCUCUGGCCUUGAAAUUCUCUCGCAACAAUCUCCAGCUUCAGUAUCAGCCUAAAUGGGAUGCGCCACGGCAGGUCCUAUGGCAAACCACGCCUAAGGUCAACACCAGGUACCGUGCAGACUUCUUGAUCAACACAAACACGCCGGGUUGGGUCAAGUUUUCCUGGAAUGGAGAAGUCCAAAAACUUGGUCCUCAGGGGGAUACUCAGUUCGCCGCAACGACGUUUCCUGGUCGGGCGGAUCCAAAGUUUGGGGCGUAUCUUGCCGAUAAUGUUGACAUCGAUUUUUAUGUCUAUAGAGUCCUCAUCGAGGAGAACUAG